AUGACUAGCACAGCAGAUCUCCUGCCUGAUAUAUUAUAUCAGUACGAUUUUUCUGUACUAGUCACAUACUUUGAUUCAGAAUUUGUCAUGUGGAAAGGAAAGGACCAAAUCUUCAGGAAUUAUCUAGGACAAGUGAAGUUCAUUCAUAUGUCUAACGAUAUGCUUGAAGGCGGUAUCCCUGAAGGCAUUUCUAGUCUCAUCGGUCUUGUUUCAUUGGACUUGUCAAGCAACAAGUUGAAUGGAAGUAUUACUCCCAAGAUAGGACUUUUGACAGCAUUAGAAUUGCUUGAUUUGUCCAGCAACAAUCUUUCUGGCGCGAUCCCAGCAACUUUUGCUAAUCUAAAUUUUCUAGGAAUGCUCAACUUGUCAUACAACCACUUGUCCGGAAGAAUUCCAACAGGCACUCUACUGCAAGGCUUUGAUGCCUCAGCAUACAUGGGAAACCCCGGGCUUUGUGGAGCUCCACUCGCGAUAUGCCCUGGAGAUGAACCACCUAGCAAUAAUACAUGGAACGGAAAUGAUGAUGUCGCUCAACAAGAUGUGAAUGAUCAUAAUGAUGAUAUAUUUCCAGGAUUGUAUAUAAGUGUGGUACUUGGUUUUAUUAUAGGCUUUUGGGGAGUUUGUGGAACUCUAGUGAUCAAAAGAUCUUGGAGACAUGCCUUUUUCCGAACCUUAGAUUACAUGAGAGACCGAGUCUAUGUAAUGAUACAUCGUCGUUGA